UUAUAUAAGGAUCGCGAAGACAGUUUCAGCAAAAAUAUGGUCCAAUGUCUAGAGUCUCGAUGGAAACAGUGGGAACAGCCAUUGCUUAUUCUGUCUUUCUUCCUUCAUCCCAAGUACCGUAACAGUGUCUUUAAUAGUAAUCUUCCCUCACUAAACGUACCUCAAAUCGGGUUAUGGGUAAAGUACUAUUAUAAAGAAUGGUUCAAAACGCGACCAUCUGUUAUCUUAUCAGAAUUCUCAAAAUUCAUCAACAAAGACUAUCCAUUUGAUGAUGAUACGUUCUCAAACUUCAAUGACGUUCAAGAAUACUGGAAGUUUACGAUAGGAGCAACAAAAGAAUUAAGUAUUCUUGCAGUUCGAAUCUUUUCAAUCUGCAUAAAUUCAGCGUCAUGUGAACGACUGUUUUCUUCAAUGGGCUUUAUACAUUCAGUACAACGAAACCGAUUGCAGGUUGCACGUGAAUUAGAACAACGUAUAUAUGCAAACACGAUUACAUAUAAUGCCGAAAACCAUGAAUCGAAUCCAGAAUGCUUCUCCGAAAGUAUUGAAAUCCCUUCUGAAGAAAUAGACAUAAUCAUUAAUGAAAGUGAAGAGAUGACCACCGUGAAUGAUAGUAACGAAUAUGGUUCGGUCACAAAUACUGACGUUAAUAAUGAAUGGAGAGCGGUUCUUAAUGACUGGUCAGAAGACCUUAUGGCUGAAAAUACAGAAACUCUUGCGUUCGAAAGUCAAACACCUGAUGAUUUGUUAACGCGUCAUCCUGCAGAUGAUCCUGCGGGGAAGUGGAACCUUGCAGACUUAUUCAUAGUUGAAUUCCCUGCACCCUCGGCAAUGAAAAAUCUUCAAUCAGUUUAUGAUGUAGAUAACA